CCAAGAUGUCCUUUUCUGCAAGACAUAACCCUAAAGAGUCUAAAAAAAAGUCGUGUUUGUGCCACUCCUCUGCACCCCCCGCCAUCAGGCACUGCCGCCCUGACGGGAUGAAGCAAGAGAAGCCAACCGAUAAUUAUCCCCCUCCGCGCACACAUCCAAGCAAUCAUCUUUCCUCCAUCUCAACCAACAUCUCCCUCUCAACAACAACCAUCCACUCCUCACCUCCCUCUCUACCUCCCUCCGACAACACCCAUUACUGAGCUUCUUCCCCAACUUGGAUUGUCUGGUCAUACCCCGUACCGUCCGCGUUGCUAUCUUUUCGAUCCUUUGAUAGCCACCGCGGGGAAUUGCGAUUAUGGCCACUGACGUGUCCCGUCAUCCUGCCACUGGAUCUAAUGCAUCCUCUGGAAACUCCAAGGAGCACCACCAGCACAAAGGCCGGAAGCCUUUCAGCGCGUUGAUGAAGCGGCUUGCAAACCUCAAAGGUUCUAAUUCGAACCAUAAUGCAAAUAGCAAUCCUUCCCCCACUAUCCGGAUCGGUAGCGGCCAGCGCUCGGCUUCUUGUCCUUCGGCUCCUCCAAAUUACCCUUAUUCGUCAAAACCACCUAAGGAUACCCUCCCGCCGCCCUCUAGUUCCUCGUCGGCCGUUGAAUCAUCGCAUCUGUCAUUCGCUGUAGCUCAAGGGUUCCAGGAGCCUAGUCACUCUCUUUCAAGUACAAAUUCCAAUCAUUCAUCUCCUCAUCAUUCACCUACCCAUCCCCCAUCGGAUAAGUCCCAUCCUGCUCCGUCAAACACUACAGCAACGACAUCGGCCUUUUCUUCCCCGACUCCUUCUGUGCGCUCGCUGACCACUACGUUAACAACUAUACAAUCCACCGCGCCAGGUUCCCUUUUGCACACAAACUACAAUCCCCAUCCACAUCACCACCAUAACCCCCAUGGCCCUCCUGUGCUUUUUCAACACCAAUUUCCGUCUACCCCGAGUGCCAAUGGGCCACCGACGAGUCCUAGUCCAAUCGCUCACCUGAACGGUAGCUCGCUGCACCCCCUGAAUUACAACACAGCUACGGCGAAUAAUCUCUUGACCGAUAAUGCUUCUAUCAUUACCCUUGCAUCUUCAUCUAAGCGGCGACGUCGUCAUUCGUUGGAUACUGAUGCAUCUGUCCGUGCUCUUGCUCCAUCUUCGCUGUGGGGCGGUUCAAGAGAAUCGCUUCCGCUUUCUGUUCUGAGCGGUAACCUUGAUGUCGGCCGGUCGGUUGCGGGCGAACGCGGUAGUUUGUAUGGGGGCACUUCAUUUGCAUCAAGGGGAGGCGAUGCGGGCAGUAUGCGAGAUUACGGUUCUGGUAGUAUUAUGGGCGAGAUUUCUGGAACCCCUGGUAAUAACGGUACCACCGCAGCUGCUACGGGAAGCCCUUUGGGAAACAGAGAGAGUCUACAGCUGGGUCGUACUAGCAGACGAAGCAGUGGAUGGGGCGCUGAAACUAUCAACCCCGGUGAUGAUUGUGACGACGAUGAUGGAAGAAGUCUAAGUGCCCGGAGUGCGAGCUUAAGGGUUGAUGGCGAGACCUUCGACGCCAUCAGUAUGAAGGACGGGAGCAGCAACGUAGGCGUCUGGCAUGGUGUGUUUGGGAGAGUUGAGGGCAGAGGCGAGAAUGGCGUUGGAAACGAAGGAGAUAAAGGAAUCAAGGAGGGUAAGCAGUAAAGGGUAGAAUCUUUCAAGUGUACGGCUUUCCAUCCGAUUCCCGAAUUUUUUCGAUCUCCCUUAUCCGAUCCCACAAAUUUUAUAAUUGAAUUUCUCUCGUGGGAUGUGUGGCUUGCUUAACAUCACGUUUUUAAUUUGGGGUUCCUCUCCAUUCUUUUCUAUCGAGGGUUCUAGCCUUUAGUUAACCCUUAGCGGAUGGGCUCCGGGGUUUCUCUCCUUCCUUUCUUUCUUUUUUGCCUGGUGCUUCAGCUUUUCCCUAUUGCUUCUCUUAUGACGCUUCGUUUUCUUAUUAUUACAAUACAAUACCCUGGCACAGGCUCUCUUGUGCCAGCUUAGCUCUUAGUACGUUAUGAUGGUGCUUUUGUACCUUUAAACGGGGAAAAUGGAAAUUUGGAGUUUUUUCCCCCCU